AUGCUUGGAUCAGUUCGUGCCUCUGUGCUGGAUGUCAUGGGCAUGGUAAGGAAUACCUGUUCUGCGGGAGUUGUUUUAUAGUUUUGUCCUUCAUUACUUUGCCCAUCAGAGUGAACGUGAAGUUCUUUAUAAUAAUUAUGGGAGUCACCAUUCUGUCUGAGGUGUGUUGUGGUUUAUAGCUCAGGAUGAACUAGCUAAACAAGGUCAGACAACACAAUGACCUGCUUUGUCUACGCUGCGUAGCCACAUCAUUAGAUCAUUUAAACAUGCUUGUCUAGAACCGUUGGAAAAACUCUGUUAAAUAUCUGCUCCGAAUUAAGAUGUCUGCAGAAUUGGGUGUCAGCUAUGAUGACAUGACACCUUGACUUAGAAAAAAAUAUAUUUUGGUAUUGAACUACAGUAAGUGAAGUGGUUUUACACACGGUAACAGAAUGUAAUCAUGGAUCCCUGAUCUGUACUACACACAAAUGCAGAAUUAUGGAUAUGAAUCAGGGUUUCCGGUAAAUGCCAGGCUUUUGGCAAAAAAAUACAUAAAUUAAAAGCUGCUAAAUAAAAUAGUUGCCGGCCAAAUUGGACCCCCCCCCCAAAAAAAAACUCAUUGCAAAAUAAGGCGCUUUAUUCAUUGAUGGAAAUACCAGUCGAUGUGCUCCAACAUCAAAGGCAAAUAUACUUCAUAGGAUAAUAAAUCCUCAAGCUGCUUGGAAAUUAGUGUCGGGGUGUGUGUGUUUCUGUUUGGAGAAGAUUGUGUUGAUUAUCCGUCUCCAGUGUGCCUGCCGAGAGGGGAUUAUUUCUCCAAAACGGAGUAAAGAUGGCCUCCAGAUCGCUCCUUCUUGAGGACAAAGUAACGAGGCUGAUGCACAUCAAGCUACUGAAAGGAGUUGGACAGUUUGGACUUCCCAACAGCAGCGGCUCACUUUAAGCAGGCCAAGUUCUGCCGCAAAUGCAAGUAAAUUAGAGGCAAAUGAUUGUGCUCGUCAGGCCUGGUCCUAGCAGUUCUGUUGCCGUCCUAGGCAAGAUCAACAUAUUCCCCCCCGUGUCAUGUAUAGUUUAAAGAUUAGGAAUGGAUUGAAAGUAAUUAUGUGUCUCAUGCACAGUUGAGCUUAUUCAGUAGGACUUGGAAACGAAACAUCGUUGCCAAUUAUUCACAUCGGAGAGUUACAAUGUUACAAUCACUAGGCAGCCAACUGUCUAUAGUAGGAAACAGAGAUGUUAUCAAUAAGCCACGUAUAUCACACAUGACACGAGUCACUACCCCACGAUAGGUUAAAUGACAAUCAACAUAACAUUUAUUAACUUCAUCCAGUAGAACUGUAAAAAUAGUGAGUUAUAAUUUGAGCUUUGGAAACAAGUGUGUUCAAUUAAAUGCAUGGCACCGGCCUCGUUUCACAGGAGCAUUGCGCAAAAUUAGCUUUCUCUCAAUGAAACAGCCUUAACGAAUGUAGUUUAUUUACAUAUCCAAUUUGAUUGUCCAACGUCAGUUUGAUCAUUUAUUCAUUUUGUGGCCGCCUAGAGUGUCCUCUUUCCACUGCUGUGGUGCUGCAUCGCAGCGGGAGUGGGACGAGCCGGCCCGGUCAUGGCUAGAAGGGAUCCAGCUUUUGUCAAAUUAACGUCAAAAGUAGAAUUUGUUUGCAUUUUAGCUAACCCUAACCCUUUUCCUAACCUUAACCUAAUUCUCCUAACCUGAGUUCUAACCUGCUACCAAAACUCAAAUCUGACAUUAAUUUGAUCCCUUCUAGCCAUGACCAGCCGGCCACGGUGUUCAUAGACAGACAUGUUAUUUAUUAGGCCUAGUUAAAAUGUUAAUGCCUAGGCUAAAUUAAAUUAGAGAGGCCUAUAUUGUAUUUAAAAACGGCUGUGUUUUGUUAUUUAUUAAUGAAAAUGUUCAUACAAAUAGCCUUUAGGACAGGUCGUUCGCAAAUUAUAUUAUACAAAUAUUAUAUUUUGAAGAUGUGUUUUAUUACUGAAUGAUUUUCAUUUAUGUUUUAUAGCAGAGAUGAAGACGUAACGGGCAAUGUUUUGCUUUUGAAUAAAACCUGUCAUGUUGGUAUAAGAACAUUGUUCUUCUUUACAGGCUCAUUUCUAUUCCGUUAAAAUGAAUUACAAUAAUCUAAAUGGGAUUUUGAGCACCGUGGGUGGACGCCCUAAUGCGCUACACUCCCAAUGCAUAUGGAUGUCCGGUACAUUUCUCAAAUGUCCGGUAAAUUAGAAUCUUGCCGGUCACGUUGUCCGGUGCCAAAUUUUCCUUGCGGGAAAACCCUGAUAUGAAUGCCAUUCUCUUCAUGGUGACGUAUCCUAAAUAGGUACGCAAAGGUAGAAAUAUGCGAUAUCCUCCUUUCGCAUAUUUUCGUAUUAUUCUACACAUUGGCUAUUAUUUUAAUGAGCUCCGCCACAAAACAAGACCAGAUUUGCUAGGACCGGACCAAAUCUGAACAAAUCAUCGACAUCUAUGUUUAACGAGUUUGGACAUCAAAGUAGAGCACAGUAGAGCUCAGUGGAGAACAGUAGAGGGUACUCUAAUCUAGUGCAGUGGUGUGUAUUCAGACUCCUGAGUGGCGCAGUGGUAUAAGGCACUGCAUCGCAGUGCUAACUGUGCCACUAGAGAUCCUGGUUCGAAUCCAGGCUCUGUCGCAGCCGGCCGCGACCGGGAGACUCAUGGGCGGCGCACAAUUGGCCCAGCGUCGUCCAGGGUAGGGGAGGGAAUGGCCGGCAGGGAUGUAGCUCAGUUGAUAGAGCAUGGCGUUUGCAACGCCAGGGUUGUGGGUUCAAUUCCCACGGGGGGCCAGUAUAAAAAAAAAAAAAAUUAUUCACUAACUGUAAGUCGCUCUGGAUAAGAGCGUCUGCUAAAUGACUAAAAUGUAAAUGUAAAUGUAUUCAUGAUGUGUUUCAUAAUUUUCCUUCAGUUCGCGAGAGGCUGGAUGUAUCUCACAGGAGAAAGCUUCCGAGCGAGCGAAACAGCGCCCCUCUGUCUCUCUAUGUGUAGGCCAUCUAUCUUAAUGCUGUCUGGUCAAAACAAGUAUGACAUUGUUGCCUGCCCGUAGCGUUGAAGGCAAGGGAAGCCAGCGAGCAUCUGGCCACCCUUGACAAAAAAAAAAAAAAGUAUUUAAAAAAAAUGAGCCAAUCUUCGUUGAGCUAAACUGAGCGGGCUUGGCUCGUUGAGCUAAACUGAGCGGGCUUGGCUCGUUGAGCUAAACUGAGCGGGCUUGGCUCGUUGAGCUAAACUGAGCGGGCUUGGCUCGUUGAGCUAAACUGAACGGGCUUGGCUCGUUGAGCUAAACUGAGCGGGCUUGGCUCGUUGAGCUAAACUGAGCGGGCUUGGCUCGUUGAGCUAAACUGAGCGGGCUUGGCUCGUUGAGCUAAACUGAGCGGGCUUGGCUCGUUGAGCUAAACUGAGCGGGCUUGGCUUCCCCGGUGAUUUUUACCCACGCACCGCUACUGCUCUACUGUGUACUGAACUAUACUCUACUUUACUCUACUGUCCAAACUUGUAAAACAUAGACGUCUAUGAUUGGGGACCAAAUCUAAACCAAUCAUGGUCGCUAUGUUUGGGCCAAAAAACGAAGGCCGGUUCCAGAGCUAUGCCCGCUCUUCAAUAGUGACUCAGAGUUGAAAAAUCAAAGAAGAAUGUGGUGGGCAGUUUAUUAAAUCCAAAUCCAGGGUUUGCUCCCGUACCAAAUAACAUUAGCAGUCACCUGUUUACAACCCGUGAAUAGAUGUUUCACAGAGCUAUGCCCAGUAACCGGAGUUAGGCCACAAUUACAUUUGACUUCAGGUCAGUCCAGGAAAUGCUUGUCGCUUAUCCUUUUAAAUUGACGUGAACAAUACAGCAGGCUAUGUAACCUACAACAGUGUACUUGGUCUGCUAUUUAACCUACAACAGUGUACUUGGUCUGCUAUUUAACCUACAACAGUGUACUUGGUCUGCUAUUUAACCUACAACAGUGUACUUGGUCUGCUCUGUAACCUACAACAGUGUACUUGGUCUGUGAGGGAGGCCCUCUCUGUCUAUCCUGUUGCAGUGAUGUGUUUCCUCUGCAUUCCCUGUCAUUGUGUGACCAGCAAGCCAGAGGACUUUUGUUAAGGUCAGCUGGUAAGGUCUAGUGUGUUUGGUCGGUGUAGAGGAUGUGUCCCAAAUAGCACCCCUAUUCCCUUUAUAGUGCACUACAUUUGACCAGAGCCUAUAGAGCUCUGGUCAAAAGAAGUGCACUAUAUAGGAAAUAGGGUGCCAUUUGGGACACACGGACUAGCAGCACCACUGAGAGGCCCCGUGCCUCAGUAUUGACCAGCCUGACGCCUGACCAGCCACAGAUUAGCUGCUUUCUCUUUAGUCCGUUACAUAACGGUCACAGAGCCGUCAAUGACGGCCAGCCAAGUAACUGUACUGCUAGAUUACAGACCAACAGGACUCAAAUAAAAUGGUAUUUGUCACAUGCUUCGUAAACAACAGAUGUAAAAAAAAUUAAAAUUAAAAAAUCUUACUUACGGGCCUUUCCCAACAAUGCAGAGAGAGAAAUGUAAAAAUAAUAACACAAGGAAUAAAAACUCAAUGAUGAUAACUUUGCUAUAUACAGUAUACAGGGAACCAGUACCAAGUCGAAGUGCAGGGGUACGAGGUAAUUGAAGUAGAUAUGUACAUAUAGGUAGGGAUAAAGUGACUAGGCAACGGGAUAGACAAUAAGCAGUAGACCGCAGCGUAUGUGAUGAGUCAAAAGAGUGCAAAGGGGGUCAAUGCAGAUAGUCCGGGUAGCUAUUUGGUUAACUAUUUUUAGCAGACUUAUGACUUGGGGGUAGAAGAUGUUCUGGGUCCUGUUGGUUCCAGACUUGGUGCAUCGAUACCACUUCCUGUGCGGUAGCAGGGAGAACAGUCUAUGACUUGGGUGGCUGGAGGCUUUGGCAAUUUUUAGGGCCUUCUUCUGACACCGCCUGGAAUAGAGGUCCUGGAUGGCAGGGAGCUCGGUCCCAGUGAUGUACUGGGCCAUACGCAUUGCCCUCUGUAGCGCCUUGCGGUUGGAUGCCAAGCAGUUGCUAUACCAAGCGGUGAUGCAGCCAGUCAAGAUGCUCUCAGUGGUGCAGCUGUAUAACUUUUUGAGGAUCUGAGGGCCCAUGACAAAUCUUUUCAGCCUCCUGAGGGGGAAGAGGAAUUGUUGUGCCCUCUUCACGACUGUGUUGGUGUGUGUGGACCAUGUUAAUUCCUUAGUGAUGUGGACACAGAGGAACUUGAAGGUCUCAACACACUCUACCCACACUAGAGGCCUGUCGAUGUGGAUGGGGGCGUGCUCGGCCCUCCGUUUCCUGUAGUCCACAAUCAGCUCUUGCUGACGUUGAGAGAGAGGUUGUUGUCCUGGCACCACACUGUCAGGUCACUGUUCUCCUGCCUAUAGGCUGUCUCAUUGUCGUCUGUGAUCAGGCCUACCACAGUCUGGUCGUCAACAAACUUAAUGAUGGUGUUGGAGUCGUGCGCGCCCAUGCAGUCGUGGGUGAACAGGGACUAAGCACACACCCCUGAGGGGCCCCCUGUGUUGUGGAUAAGCGUGGCGGAUGUGCUAUUGCCUACCCUCACCACCUGGGGGCGGGCCGUCAGGAAGUCCAGAAUCCAGUUGCAGAGGGAGGUGUUCAGUCCCAGGGUCCUGAGCUUAGUGAUGACCUUGGAGGGAACUAUGGUGUUGAACGCUGAGCUGUAGUCAAUGAACAGCAUUCUCACAUAGGUGUUCCUCUUGUGCAGGUGGGAGAGGGCAGUGUGGAGUGCCAUAGAGAUUGCAUCAUCUGUGGAUCUGUUGGGGCGGUAUGCAAAUUGGAGUGGGGUCCAGGGUGUCUGAGAUGAUGGUGUUGAUGUGAGUCAUGACCAGCCUUUCAAAGCAUUUCAUGGCUACAGAUGUGAGUGCUACAGGCAAUUGUCAUUUAGACAGGUUACCUUCGCCUUCUUGGGCACAGGGACUAUGGUGGUCUGCUUGAAACAUGUAGGUAUUACAGACUGAGUUAGGUAAAGGUUGAAAAUGUCAGUGAAGACACUUGCCAGCUGGUCAGUGCAUGCUCCGAGUUGGCGUCCUGGUAGUCAGUCUGGCCUUGUGAAUGUUAACCUGUUUAAAGGGCUUACUCAUAUUGGCUACGGAGAGCGUGAUCACAGUCGUCCGGAACAGCUGGUGCUCUCAUGCAUGGUUCAGUGUUGCUUGCCUCGAAGCGAGCAUAGAAGGCAUUUAGCUCGUCUGGUAGGCUUGCAUCACUGGGCAGCUCGCGGCUGGGUUUGCCUCUUGUAAUCCGUGAUAGUUUGCAAGCCCUGGCACAUCCGACGAGCGUCGGAGCCGGCAUAGUAGAAUUCGAUCUUAGUCCUGUAUUGACGUUUUACCUGUUUUGAUGUCUCUUCGGAGGUCGUAGCAGGAUUUCUUAUAAGCAACCGGAUUAGUGUCCCACUCCUUUAAAGCAGCAGCUUUAGCUCAGUGCAGAUGUUGCCUGUAAUCAAUGGCUUCUGGUUGGGAUAUGUACGUAUGGUCACUGUGUGGACGACGUCAUCGAUGCACUUAUUAAUGAAGCCGGUGACUGAUGUGGUAAACUCCUCAUAGUUAUCGCAUGAAUCCCAGAACAUAGUCCAGUCUGUGCUAGCAAAACAUUCCUGUAGCUUAGCAUCCGCUUCAUCGGACCACUUCCGUAUUGAGCGCGUCACUGGUACUUCCUAUUUGAGUUUGCUUGUAAGCAGGAAUCAGGAGGGUAGAGUUAUGGUCAGCCUUGUAUGCGUUUCUGUGUUUUGGAGUAAAGGCAAUCAAGAGUUUUGUCACCUCUAGUUGCACAGGUGACAUGCUGGUAAAAAUGAAGUAAAAUGGAUUUCAGUUUCCCUGCAUUAAAAUCACCGGCCACGAGAAGCGCCGCCUCUGGAUGUGCAUUUUAUUGUUUGCUUAUGGCCCUUAUCAUUAGGUAUUCUAACUCAGGCGAGCAAAAAACUUGAGACUUCCUUAACAUUAGAGUUCGCACAACAGCUGUUGUUAACAAAGAGACGCACCCCUCCCCCUUCAUCUUAACCAAGGCUGCCGACCGGUCUUGACGAUGCAUGAAAUAGCCAGAGAGAUGUACUGUAUAUUAUACAUGUCCUUGUUCAGCCACGACUCCAUGAAACAUAGAAUUUUACAGUAGUUCAGGUCCCGUUGAUAGGAUAGUCUCCAACGGAGCUCAUCCAGUUAGUUCUGUAGUGAUUGUAUGUUGGCCAAUAGAACGGAGGGUAGAGGCAGUUCAUUUGUUCGCCAACGUAGUCUCGUCAGGAUGCCGGCUCGUUUGCCUCAUGCGCCGUCGCUUCCUGUUUUGAGUCCCGGGGAUUAGGGCCUGGUCAGGAGUAAGCAGAACGUCCAGAGCUGCUGACUCGAUGAAGUAGAAAUUGUCAUCCAAAUCUAGGUUAGUUAUCACUGUUCUAAUGUCCGGAAGCUGUUUUCGGACAUAGGAAAGGAUGGCGGAGACAUUCAGCGUGUAGAAACACACAAAAUAGCAGAGUUGGUCAGGAGCCCAUAAUGUGGUUUCCAUCCACUGCAGCGCCAUUGGGGUCAAUGCCAAUCCCAUUUAAAUUCAGUCCAUUUUAGGAAUCAGGAAUUAAUCUGACUAAAAUGUACGUUUGGUCUUUGAAGCGUCACUCUGAUUUAUUUUUAUUGAUUUGUAUUGUUCCAGGGAGACGCCAGGGACCACGUGCUGGGUCUGGGUGAGAACCUGGACCUGUCAGACACCAUGGUGCAGCAGAAGUUAGAGGAGAUCAAGGACCAUAUCAAGAGGGAGAUCAGGAAGGAGUUGAAGAUCAAGGAAGGGGCUGAGAACCUGAAGAAGGUCACCACGGACAAGAAGAGCCUGGCCUACGUUGACAACCAGCUGAAGAAGAGCAACAAGAAGCUGGAGGAGCUCCACCAGGAGCUCCAGGAGCUCAACGCCCACAUCGUGGUCAAGGACCCCGAGAUCCAACUAGGUAUAGUACCGUUACCCCUAACAACUAGGUAUAGUACCCUUACCCCUAACAACUAGGUAUAGUACCCUUACCCCUAACAACUAGGUAUAGUACCCUUACCCCUAACAACUAGGUAUAGUACCCUUACCCCUAACAACUAGGUAUAGUACCCUUACCCCUAACAACUAGGUAUAGUACCCUUACCCCUAACCUAGAGGUACUAUUAGUUAUGGUGAAAUUAACACAUAACUGUUAUACCCAAUGUUUGGUAAAGUGGAUGAGGUGAGAGUUUAAGGGCCAAGUCUCCCGGAUAUAGAUUAAGCCAAGUCCUGGACUAAUAAGCAUUAAGCUUGGGAGGGAUCCAGAUUUUCCUAUCGUCAUACCGUUCUUCCGCCAUACCAGGAUUUACAGUAUUAUCAGCAUAGCACACAAGGGGACGCUAAAAACACCUUAAAAAAACUUUGGGGUGUCUAUUACCAGAAUGCUAACAGAAUUAGCACAGGUAAUAGCGAAUUCUCAUGGACGCGCAAACAAACAAACUAAUUGCAAAGACAGGCAAAUCCAGUUCAUGAAGUGAUACAAGUAUAUCUAGUAGCCAUUUUACAUGCGAAAGUGAACGAGAGAAAUUGUGGAAAUGAACAAAGUUGUGAUGCAUGUUUUUCUGAAGGAAGAGCAGCAUGUGAACACGGAGCAGAGGGGAGAAGAACCGAGAGGAGGGGGGAAAACACUAAUAGGAAGCACAGGGGGAAAAUGGCAACUGUACAGAACUCAUCCGGAGCUCUUGGACUUCUCAAACUCAUCAGAAAGCUAACACUCUGUCUCCUUAUUAAUUCAGACACUUACUUAGCUAACGAACAAGUAACCAAAUACACAGCUGGAGAGUAUAGCACAUCUUAGACAGUUAGAAGAUAUCUGAUGGCAAGCAUUUAGCAGUAAAUUGCAUACAAGUCAAACUUCAUCACCUCGUGUGCCGCACAACAGAGAUUCACUGAUAGAUAUUGAACACUAUGGACUCACCAGCAGAGACUCACUGAUAGAUAUAGAACACUAUGGACUCACCAGCAGAGACUCACUGAUAGAUAUAGAACACUAUGGACUCACCAGCAGAGACUCACUGAUAGAUAUAGAACACUAUGGACUCACCAGCAGAGACUCACUGAUAGAUAUAGAACACUAUGGACUCACCAGCAGAGACUCACUGAUAGAUAUAGAACACUAUGGACUCACCAGCAGAGACUCACUGAUCUCUCAGUCCCGUGUCUCUCUCUCUCCGCCCCGUGUCUCUCUCUCUCUCAGCCCCGUGUCUCUCUCUCUCAGUCCUGUGUCUCUCUCUCUCUCUCUCUGUCCUGUGUCUCUCUCUGUCCCGUCUCUCUCUCUCAGCCCCAUCUCUCUCAGCCCCGUGUCUCUCUCACUCUCUCAGCCCCGUGUCUCUCUCACUCUCUCAGCCCUGUGUCUCUCUCUCAGUCCUGUCUCUCUCUCUCUCUCUCUCUCUCAGCCCCGUGUCUCUCUCACUCUCUCAGUCCCGUGUCUCUCUCACUCUCUCAGUCCCGUGUCUCUCUCACUCUCUCAGUCCCGUGUCUCUCUCUCUCUCAGUCCCGUGUCUCUCUCUGUCCCGUGUCUCUCUCUCUCAGUCCCGUGUCACUCUCUCUCUCGGCCCUGUCUUUCUCUCAGCCCUGUUUCUCUUUCAGCCCAGUGUCUCUCUCUCUCUCUCUCUCAGCCCUGUGUCUCUCUCUCUCAGCCCUGUGUCUCUCUCUCUCUCUCUGUCCCGUGUCUCUCUCUCUCGCUCUCAGCCCUGUUUCUCUUCCAGCCCUGUCUCUCUCUCGCUCUCAGCCCUGUUUCUCUCUCAGCCCUGUGUCUCUCUCUCUCUCUCUCUCUCUCUCUCAGCCCUGUGUCUCUCUCAGUCCCGUGUCUCUCUCUCUCAGCCCUGUCUCUCUCUCAGCCCUGUGUCUCUCUCUCUCGCUCUCAGCCCUGUUUCUCUUUCAGCCCUGUCUCUCUCUCUCUCAGCCCUGUCUCUCUUUCAGCCCUGUCUCUCUCUCUCUCAGCCCCGUGUCUCUCUCUCUCUCUCCUCUCUCAGCCCCGUGUCUCUCUCUCUCUGUCCCGUUCUCUCUACUUCUCGCCUGCUCUCGCCCCGUGUCCUUCUCUCUCUCAGUCCCGUCUCUCUCUCUCAGCCCUGUCUCUCUCUCUCUCAGCCCUGUUUCUCUUUCAGCCUGUGUCUAUCUCUCUCUCUCAGCCCUGUCUCUCUUUCAGCCAUGUCUCUCUCUCUCUCAGCCCUGUGUCUCUCUCUCUCUCUCACCCUUAGUGUCUCUCUCUCCUCAGCCCUUAGUGUCUCUCUCUCUCUCUCAUCUCCAGCCCCGUGUCUCUCUUCUCUCUCUCUCCCGCUUCAGCCCCCCGUGUCUCUCUCUCUCUGUCCCGUUCUCUCAUCUCUCUCUCUCAGCCCCCCCGUGUCUCUCUCUCUCAGUCCCGUCCUCUCUCAGCACUGUCUCCUCCUCUCAGUCCCCUGUCCGCUCUCUCAGCCCUGUUUCUCUUUCAGCCUGUGUCUCUCUCUCUCUCUCUCAGCCCUGUCUCUCUCUCUUUCAGCCCUGUCUCUCUCUCUUUCAGCCCUGUCUCUCUCUCUCUCAGCCCCGUGUCUCUCUCUCUCUCAGCCCCGUGUCUCUCUCUCUCUCUCAGCCCUUAGUGUCUCUCUCUCUCAGUCCCAUGUCUCUCUCUCUGUCCCGUCUCUCUCUCUCUCUCUCUCUCAGCCCCGUGUCUCUCUCUCUCAGUCCUGUGUCUCUCUCUCUCAGUCCCGUCUCUCUCUCUCAGCCCUGUCUCUCUCUCUCUCAGCCCUGUUUCACUUUCAGCCCGUGUCUCUCUCUCUCUCUCAGCCCCAUGUCUCUCUCUCUCUUUCUCUCAGUCCCGUGUCUCUCUCUCUCUCAGCCCUGUCUCUCUCUCUCUCUCUCUCUCAGUCCCGUGUCUCUCUCUCUCGCUCUCAGCCCUGUUUCUCUUUCAGCCCUGUCUCUUUCUCUCUCUCAGCCCUGUCUCUCUUUCAGCCCUGUCUCUCUCUCUCUCAGCCCCGUGUCUCUCUCUCUCUCUCAGCCCUUAGUGUCUCUCUCUCUCUCUCUCUCUCUCAGCCCUUAGUGUCUCUCUCCUUCUCUCAGCCCCGUCUCGCUCUCUCUCCUCUCUCAGUCCCGUGUCUCUCUCUCUCUGUCCCGUCUCUCUCUCUCUCUCAGCCCCGUGUCUCUCUCUCUCAGUCCCGUCUCUCUCUCUCAGCCCUGUCUCUCUCUCUCAGCCCUGUUUCUCUUUCAGCCUGUGUCUCUCUCUCUCUCUCUCAGCCCCGUGUCUCUCUCUCUCUCUCAGCCCCGUGUCUCUCUCUCUUUCUCUCAGCCCCGUGUCUCUCUCUCUUUCUCUCAGCCCUGUGUCUCUCUCACUCUCAGCCCCGUGUCUCUCUCUCUCUCUGUCCCGUGUCUCUCUCUCUCUCUCAGACCCGUGUCUCUCUCGCUCUCAGUCCCGUGUCUCUCUCUCUCUCUCUCUCAGCCCUGUGUCGCUCUCUCUCAGUCCCGUGUGUCUCUCUCUCUCAGCCCUGUUUCUCUCUCAGCCCCGUGUCUCUCUCUCUCUCAGCCCCGUGUCUCUCUCUCUCUCAGCCCCGUGUCUCUCUCUCUCUCUCUCAGUCCCGUGUCUCUCUCUCUCUCAGCCCUGUUUCUCUUUCAGUCCUGUGUCUCUCUCUCUCUCUCUCAGUCCCGUGUCUCUCUCUCUCUCUCAGCCCAGUGUCUCUCAGUCCUAUGAUUAGCAUGCAGCAACAGACAGGAACCCAGGCAUUGUUUUAUUCACAUAGCAGCCAUGAUGAAUACAGCCAGUCCUUUACAUUCAUAUUCAACAGCUAGUGCUAAUGAAGGAAGGAAGGGGCUGAGGCCUUCUGCUGGGUCAUCGUGCUGCUCUGGGAUUACCAGACAGAGAAGAGAUGCAUUGUUCUGCCCUCUGCUUGUCUGCGUGGGUUUGUUUGCUGCAAGGUUACUGUAGACCGUUGUGUAUUUUUGCAUCCACUGGUCAUUAACGACUCAAUGACAGCCUAUUUGGUAUUUUAUUAGGAUCCCCAUUAGCUGUUGCAAAAGCGGCAGUUACUCUUCCUGGGGUCCACACAAAACAUGAAACAUGACAUAAUACAGAACAUUUAAUAGACAAGAACAGCUCAAGGACAGAAAUACAAUAAAAAAGGCAGACGUAGCCUAAAUAUCAAUACAUACAUACAAACGAUCUGUAUGAGUGAGUGCACAUGAGCUCUGUGUGUUUUAGAGGAAGGGCUGUAGCCUUAAUUGGAAGUGCACGUGUCUGAGUAGUACAUCAGGAAGCAUGAGCUAUGGGGCCAUUUCUAUUUCCAGAGAACAAGGUUAUUUAGGACAGGAAGAAGGGUCUCAAGUCAAGUAGUCAAGUGUCCACCAGACUAUAAAUCAAAUCCAAAUUGUAUUUGUCACAUGCGCCGAAAACAACAGGCGUAGGUAGACCUUACAGUGAAAUGCUUACUUACAAGCCCUUAGCCAACAAUGCAGUUUGAAGAAAAAUAAGUGUUAAGUAAAGAAAUAGAUAACUAAUAAAAAUAAGAAAUAAUGAAAGAGCAGCCAUUCUGCUAGUGUAGCAUGAACAGGGGAAAACACUUUUCCAGAGUGAAGGGGCAUUCGGACAUGAAGAAGGGUCUCAAGUAGGCCUAGACUAUUUAGCCUUGUUUCAACAUGCUUGCUAGGGAACUAGAUGUGUCUGGAAACCCUUCUUUUAAGUUCCAUGAGCCAUUAAAGCUGCAGUGUGUCGCCUCUGUUCACGAGACAGACUGCCCUUCACACAGCCUCUGUGUGAGUCCCAAAUAGCAGCCUAUGUCCUAUAUAUGAGUCCCAAAUAGCACCCUAUGUCCUAUAUAUAUAUAUAUAUAUAUAUAUAUAUAUAUAUAUAUAUAUAUAUAUAUAUAUAUAUAUAUACGAGUCCCAAAUGGCACCCUAUUUCCUAUAUAUGAGUCCCAAAUAGCACCCUAUUUCCUAUAUAUGAGUCCCAAAUAGCACCCUAUUUCCUAUAUUGAGUUCCAAAUGGCACCCUAUUUCCUAUAUAUGAGUCCCAAAUAGCACCCUAUUUCCUAUAUAUGAGUCCCAAAUAGCACCCUAUUUCCUAUAUUGAGUUCCAAAUAGCACCCUAUUUCCUAUAUAGUGCACUACUUUUGACCAGGGCCCAUAGAGCUCUGUUCAAAUACGGGAAUCGGGUGCCAUGUGGGACGUGAACUCUGGCAAGCCUAGCUACUAGUUGUAAAUCUAUUUACCUUUGCACUAUCUUGGAUUUUGCAGCAGUCUCAUGGGGUCAUGCAAUAGGAUUUUACAGGGAACUCUCUUGCAAGAGCAAUAUUGUUUUUCUUCUUGAACUUUAAUGCUUACACAUUUGUUUUCUAUGAGCCCUUUUAUACAAUUGAUGAUGUCUUAUCAAAACUCACUCAUCUAUGUAGGCUUACAUGUACACUAGAUGGUACUGUAUUGAACCUGGACCCCGCCAAGCAAACAUCUCAAUGCUGUUGAUGAUCAAGCACAGUAGUACAGGUAAUUGCCAAGAUUAUAGAAACAAUGAGGGAUACAAAGUAUAUUGAAAGCAGGUGCUUCCACACAGGUGUGGUUCCUGAGUUAAUUAAGCAAUUAACAUCCCAUCAUGCUUAGGGUAUAAAAAUUCCCAGUUGCCCGUUUUAUAUUGGCUACCAUGGCUAGAAGAAGAGAUCUCAGUGACUUUGAAAGAGGGGUCUCAAAGGAGCACAGGGGGUUUAAAGGAUGUGUGUCUCAAUCACCAGAUCUCAACCCAAUUCAACACCUAUCCCAUUGGGCUCAGACGCCAGUUCAACGUCUAGUUUUGAUUUACGUUUCGUUAAGUUGUGAACUAAUGUGAAUUCAAUGUGAAAUCAACCAAAAAUGUCACCCUGUCAUUGGAUUUAAGUUCAAAGUUGGGUGAAAAAAAUAAGAAAUUCCCUUUUUACGUUGACUAUUUGCAAAUCAAAAUCAGUUUUCCAUGUUGAUUCAAUGUCAUCACAUUUUGAAUUUUUGGGUUGAAAUGACGUAGAAACAACAUUGGUUGAACCAGUUUUUGCCCAGUGGGAUGGGAGAUUCUCGACAGCGUUUUCCACCACCAUCAACAAAACACCAAAUUGUGGAAUUUCUCGUGGAAGAAUGGUGUCGCUCGCAUCCCUCCAAUAGAGUUCCAGACUCUUCUAGAAUCUAUGCCAAGGCUCACUGAAGCUGUUCUGGCGGCCCAACACCCUAUUAAGACGCUUUAUGUUGGUGUUUUGGCAGUUACCUUUAGGUACAAGCAUAAUAUUCUGUCUUGUCCUCCAUCUUUAUGAGCUGCUGUCCCCCUACACAGGAAGUUGGAAGUGUUUAGAUUUCAGGGAGGUCUUUUGAAGAUGUGGAAAAUGGUUACAUGUCUAGCUUAGUUAUGAUAAGCUGACUGAUGGUACAAGUAGACUCUCUUCCUAAGACAUGGAGAGUAUUGUACAAACAUUGUAUUCUUGUAAUUCCCUGUGAAAGGUACAGUGGGCCUAUAUGUUGAGUUAAAUAGACAGGAGCAGUAGAUCAUGAAUUACCCUCUUCAAAGAAAUCAUGAUAGAAAGUUGCCUCCGGUCUCCUGUACGACCUGUAUGAAUUCCUGCAGUCUGGAAAGCCAUGAGGACAGUACAGGAGUGCUCUUUGUGAUUUGAUGGUGUAACCCAAGGGGAAAUACCUAAACAGUGAUGAAGUAAUGUAACUUCCUUCUUCCCUUCUCCUGUACAUGUAUAUAAUUUUUUGAUUUAACCUUUAUUUAACUAGGCAAGUCAGUUAAGAACAAAUUCUUAUUUACAAUGACGGCCUACCCUUUACGUUGACAUCAGGAGGGAUUUUCCUAGACGUCAUAGGGGCUUUUCAUAGGGGCUUUUCAUAGGGGCUUUUCAUAGGGGCUUUUUAUUGUGGGAAAUAAACGACUUUGAUUCGGCAUGCCACUGGGGGAUAUACGGCUACAUGGAACACGGUGAUAAUUGUCUGAUUUUUGUCCAAUAUGACUUGGAGGUCACUUGAGGAUCCAAAGGGAAAGUGUUUCUCCAUGUUACCCAGGGUGCAUUCUGUUUCAUGGCCUGGCUGUGUACACUACAUGCCGUUGUGUUGUGGUGUGGUGCAUUUCACCUGGGAGUCCGUCUCACCUGAAACCUGUUAUCUCUGUCUGUCACCUGGGAGUCCGUCUCACUGAAACCUGUUCUCUCUGGCUGUCACCUGGGAGUCCGUCUCACUGAAACCUGUUCUCUCUGGCUGUCACCUGGGAGUCCGUCUCACUGAAACCUGUUCUCUCUGUCUGUCACCUGGGAGUCCGUCUCACUGAAACCUGUUCUCUCUGUCUGUCAGUGAAACUCAGCUUGUCUGUACAAGCCUUGACCAUGUUACGUUGUAUCAAUCUUGACAGCUACCAAUAUUGCUCAACAGACUCUAAAUAGAAAAAGAUGUCUGGGGAAAAAUCCUUUCUUUACCAAAAAACAGCACAAUUUGAUUACUCCAUUUUAAUUUAGGCCUAUAUUACUAUGUGAUUAUAGUUACCGUAUUUACAGUAACAACAUGGCCUACUCAUGGUACAAUUCAGUACAUUUUAAUAUAAGCCAAUGUAAUGGUCAGUGAGCUAUCAAGAUGCUACGCUUCCUCUUGCAUUUAAGUCUAAUUUAAUCCCUGUUUUUGUGUUGUAGUUUCAGACUGCCCUCUCAUGCCUGUUCUGUUUUAUUGUAGUUUCUGGCUGCCCUCUCAUGCCUGUUCUGUUUAUUGUAGUUUCAGACUGCCCUCUCAUGCCUGUUCUGUUUAUUGUAGUUUCAGACUGCCCUCUCAUGCCUGUUCUGUUUAUUGUAGUUUCAGACUGCCCUCUCAUGCCUGUUCUGUUUAUUGUAGUUUCAGACUGCCCUCUCAUGCCUGUUCUGUUUAUUGUAGUUUCAGACUGCCCUCUCAUGCCUGUUCUGUUUAUUGUAGUUUCAGACUGCCCUCUCAUGCCUGUUCUGUUUAUUGUAGUUUCUGGCUGCCCUCUCAUGCCUGUUCUGUUUUAUUGUAGUUUCAGACUGCCCUCUCAUGCCUGUUCUGUUUAUUGUAGUUUCAGACUGCCCUCUCAUGCCUGUUCUGUUUUAUUGUAGUUUCAGACUGCCCUCUCAUGCCUGUUCUGUUUUAUUGUAGUUUCAGACUGCCCUCUCAUGCCUGUUCUGUUUUAUUGUAGUUUCUGGCUGCCCUCUGACACCAGACACCCCAAGCAGUGAUUCCAGCAGAAUGUGCAGUAGCAGACUGGCUGCUCUGAAGAAGCAAAACGACAUUGAGCUCAAAUGCAAACAAGGAGCUGAGAAUAUGAUCCAGAUGUAUUCCAACGGAUCCUCCAAGGUAGCGGGGGGGGGGGGGGAUGUAUGGCUAUCCUCAAGCUAUUAGAGUUGAGCUGGAAUGUCUCCAAUGCUUUUAACCCCAUUUGAAAGACCAUAUACACAGCCAUACAAAGUCAAUAUUGUUGAAUACUUUACUCUAGUUGAAAUGCUAAUAAUUUUUAUUUUGAUCUUUUAAGAGAGAAUUAGUAAGUUGUUUUCAAAAGAAAUCAAAACAGAUGGCGAAAACAAAAUGGUAAAACACUGGGCCAAAGAAAUAGCCAGUUUUAAAAUGCUUAUAUAUUUACAUGUAUGUUUUCUCCUAACUUCAAUAGGAUAAGAAGCUGCUUAUAUAUUUACAUGUAUGUUUUCUCCUAACUUCAAUAGGAUAAGAAGCUGCUUAUAUAUUUACAUGUAUGUUUUCUCCUAACUUCAAUAGGAUAAGAAGCUGCUUGCCACUGCUCAGCAGAUGCUGCAGGACAGCAAGACCAAGAUCGAGUUUAUCAGGAUGCAGAUCCUCAAAGCCAGCCAGACUGGCGAGACCAACUACAGCAAUAACCAUGGUAUGGAACCCAUUAUGACCUUAUGAACACACCUCUCACCAAGAGCAUGCAUUUGUCUGUUUGGGGGGCUUUUCCCACUCCUAUAUAAAGUAUAUGUGGGGAAUUAGUAUUUUUAGACUUUGUAACCUUUUAAAAUCCAGCCUAAUUUUGUAUGAUUUUGUUUUACGCACAACAAACAUUUUAAAACUCACUGUACAGAUAUGUUCAAAUAUUUUCUGGGUUAUGAAAAGGUGAUAGUUAUGAUAUUUCUGAUCCCUACCCCAGUCUCAGUGAUAAUGAGGAUAUUUCUGGUCCCCAGUCUCAGUGAUAAUGAGGAUAUUUCUGGUCCCCAGUCUCAGUGAUAAUGACGAUAUUUCUGAUCCCCAGUCUCAGUGAUAAUGAGGAUAUUUCUGAUCCCCAGUCUCAGUGAUGAUGAUGAUGAUGAUAUUUCUGAUCCCCAGUCUCAGUGUCCAAGCCCAUAAUCAGUCCUCUGGACCUGAGACUAGAAGAGCUGAGACAUCAUUCCAGGAUAGAGCAUGCUGUAGCAGAGGGGGCCAAGAACGUAAUGAUCCUACUGGGCUCUUCUGGGAAGGUUACAGAGAAGAAGGCCCACUCUGAGGUGAGAGGAUGGCUUUAUACCCAGGGUUGCAAAAUUCUUUUAACUUUCCUAAAAUUACCCAGGUUUUUCCAGACAUAUCCUGGUUGGAAGAGUCCCAGAAAAAAGUAGGGAAUAAGCAGGUUUUCUGGAAACCUGGAAAAUUUGAGAAAGUUACCCGAGUUUUGCAACCCAAUUUCUACCUGUACACAACGGUCCCAAGCCCAUAAUAGAAAGUAUGUCAGCGGUCAACUCCAUACAGUGUCAAGAAUGUAACACCAGGAUGAAGGAGUGUGAAGAAGACUUGGAUCUUUCAAUUUCUUCUCAGAUGGUGGAAAUUUUGUGAAUAAAGGUACAUGUAAAGUCUUCCAGAGUCUAGACAGGGCACAUCACACAUCAGUGUGGAAUGUGAAAAGAAACAUUCCACAACAUACCGUUCCUCAACAUACCGUUCCUCAUCCAGGUGUUCCAUAGAGUUGACCUCUGAAUAUGUUGUGAAUGCUUGCACUAAACUGAAGUUCUCAGAUAUAUAUAUAUAUAUCCAGUCUAUGGUCCUGUGUAUGUCCUAGUAUGUUUAAACAUUAACACUGGUCUCUUUUCCAGGCUCAAGCCCGGUUCAAUGAGUCCAAUCAGAAGUUGGACCUGCUGCAGUUAUCUCUGGAGCAGCGGCUGAGUGAACUGCCUAAGGACCAUCCUAAGAGCCUUCUCAUCCUGGAGGAACUAGCCAUGGUGGUGUCCUCUCCACUCAGCCCACGCCAGAGCAUUAUGUCUACAUACAACCAGUACAGCACGGUCACCAAGCCUGCUGCACUCACAGGUAAGACACUCCUUUUAGAACCAACCACACAAUGUUGUCCUUAUCCUUACGGGGUUAUACCCUAGAUUUAAAAAAAAAAACACAGCAGCCUCUCUUCGAGUUCAAAGCUCUGAAGCGUUCCUUAAGGUAAACGGAGCCAACCCCCACCCUCAUCCCAAACACACAUGUGGAUGUACACAUACACAGCUAACAGCUGUUAGACGAUAAACUUCCGAUCGAGUCAGUAUGUAAUGCCUCACCCGCUCGGGUUAAACUUGAGCAACAUUCUACGUUACAAUAACAACUUGUAAGUCCAUAGUGCGGUGGCAGUAUGCAUCAGGAGUCUCAGGAGUGCUGAUUUUAAGAUUACUUUAGCCUUUUAGAUCACAAUGAAAUAAGAUGACAUCAGCACCCGUACUCUGAGACGAUUGAUACAUAGGGCCCCCCUCCCCGGCAUUCCUCUUUCUGUCCGGUGCGUGUGUGUGACCUGUUUUUCCUUCCAGGAACGUUGGAGGUGCGUCUGAUGGGUUGUCAGGACCUGCUGGAGGAGGUCCCAGGCCGCUGUAAGAUACCCUCGGCCUCCCUCCCCGGCUGGAGCCCAAGUGAACAGCGCUCCUCCUUCAUGUCCAGAAGCAACAAGAGCAAAGGAACCGGCUCACGCAGCCUCUCCAAGACCGACGACCUGUCCAGUUGAGUGUUGACCCCCAAAUGUGUCUCUGUCGGAUGUUUUGAAGCUGCUCAGGCUAACGCCUUACAUCUAGCUGUGAAAUAUUGCUCAGUUGUCCGCCCGCUGUUUUGAACAGUUGUCCGCCCGCUGUUUUGAACAGUUGUCCGCCCGCUGUUUUGAACAGUUGUCCGCCCGCUGUUUUGAACAGUUGUCCGCCCGCUGUUUUGAACAGUUGUCCGCCCGCUGUUUUGAACAGUUGUCCGCCCGCUGUUUUGAACAGUUGUCCGCCCGCUGUUUUGAACAGUUGUCCGCCCGCUGUUUUGAACAGUUGUCCGCCCGCUGUUUUGAACAGUUGUCCGCCCGCUGUUUUGAACAGUGUCCGCCCGCUGUUUUGAACAGAGUGGCGAAAUCAGGGUCGUGUUCAAAUGUUUUGCACAGAAAAGCUAAACAAGCGUUUCUUAAAGCACAAGUACGGACAAUUGGACAAGUACUCCCAGUUUCAGUCCAUUUGGUGCCUGCUGAACAUUACCCAGGUUCAGGUUCAGAUUGUAGAAAUGUAUUCUCUCGCUCUCUCCAGAUGAGAUCAGUGCUGUGCUGAAGUUGGACAACACUGAAGUGGGACAGACCAGCUGGAAACCAGUCAGCAACCAGUCCUGGGACCAGAAGUUUACAUUGGAACUAGACAGGGUAAAUUAAACCGAACACACACACACACACACACACACACACACACACACACACACUACUUCACUAUAUAUACACACUGUGGAGCUGGACAGGGUGAUCUAAACCGCUUUACCUCAAUCACUCUGGGAAGGUUUUCCCUUUCCCAUACAAUGCUAUCAGUGUCUGAAAUCGCCUCAAACGACAUUUUUUAAUCCGGAUUUCUGUUUGUAUUUGGUUUAUUGUUUCUAUUUCACAACCUUCAGCAAAUCCCACUGAUUUAUUAGCACGUCGAAACCAGGCAGGAAAGGUGAGAGCCGCUCUCUAAUCUGGAGUUGUGCAACUAUAACUCUGAAUGGCAGGGAUGGCUGUGACUAAGUCUGUAGGCGUCUAUUAGUUUCCCCUGCAGCUUCCAAAAGUCAGGCUUUUAGUGGGACUGUCUAAUGACUAGUGGUAUAGGAGACCUGAUGGGGAGAUCUGAUGACUAGUGUUAAAGGAGACCUGAUGGGGAGAUCUAAUGACUAGUGUUAAAGGCCUGAUGGGGAGAUCUGAUGACUAGUGUUAUAGGAGACCUGAUGGGGAGAUCUGAUGACUAGUGUUAUAGGAGACCUGAUGGGGAGAUCUGAUGACUAGUGGUAUAGGAGACCUGAUGGGGAGAUCUGAUGACUAGUGGUAUAGGAGACCUGAUGGGGAGAUCUGAUGACUAGUGUUAUAGGAGACCUGAUGGGGAGAUCUGAUGACUAGUGUUAUAGGAGACCUGAUGGGGAGAUCUGAUGACUAGUGGUAUAGGAGACCUGAUGGGGAGAUCUGAUGACUAGUGUUAUAGGAGACCUGAUGGGGAGAUCUGAUGACUAGUGGUAUAGGAGACCUGAUGGGGAGAUCUGAUGACUAGUGUUAUAGGAGACCUGAUGGGGAGAUCUGAUGACUAGUGUUAUAGGAGACCUGAUGGGGAGAUCUGAUGACUAGUGGUAUAGGAGACCUGAUGGGGAGAUCUGAUGACUAGUGUUAAAGGAGACCUGAUGGGGAGAUCUGAUGACUAGUGUUAUAGGAGACCUGAUGGGGAGAUCUGAUGACUAGUGUUAUAGGAGACCUGAUGGGGAGAUCUGAUGACUAGUGUUAUAGGAGACCUGAUGGGGAGAUCUGAUGACUAGUGGUAUAGGAGACCUGAUGGGGAGAUCUGAUGACUAGUGGUAUAGGAGACCUGAUGGGGAGAUCUGGUGACUAGUGGUAUAGGAGACCUGAUGGGGAGAUCUGAUGACUAGUGUUAUAGGAGACCUGAUGGGGAGAUCUGAUGACUAGUGUUAAAGGAGACCUGAUGGGGAGAUCUGAUGACUAGUGUUAAAGGAGACCUGAUGGGGAGAUCUGAUGACUAGUGUUAAAGGAGACCUGAUGGGGAGAUCUGAUGACUAGUGUUAAAGGCCUGGUGGGGAGAUCUGAUGACUAGUGUUAAAGGCCUGGUGGGGAGAUCUUACAGUAUGUGUGUUCCACAGUCUCGUGAGCUGGAGAUCUCUGUCUACUGGAGGGACUGGAGAUCGCUGUGUGCCAUCAAGUUCCUACGCCUGGAAGACUUCCUGGACAACCAGCGCCAUGGCAUGUGCCUCUACCUGGAGCCUCAGGGCAAAUUGUUUGCUGAGGUACUAUUCAAUUAUCCACUUCCCCAACAAACACCCACAUUUAGCAUUCCUGCUAAAUACGAUUUAUUCCUAAUAUUUACAGAAUUACUCAUAACUUAUGUGUUUUCCCUCAGGUUACAUUUUUCAACCCAGUUAUUGAGCGGAGGCCAAAACUUCAAAGGCAAAAGAAGAUCUUCUCCAAACAACAAGGUCUGUACAGAUUAUUUUGCUUCUGCAGAUUGUGUAAAGUCCAAGCUUUAACGUUAUUGGUGUACUCCUGAGUGGCGCAGUGGUCUAAGGCACUGCAUCGCAGUGCUAACUGUGCCACUAGAGAUCCUGGUUCGAAUCCAGGCUCUGUCGCAGCCGGCCGCGACCGGGAGACUCAUGGGCGGCGCACAAUUGGCCCAGCGUCGUCCAGGGUAGGGGAGGGAAUGGCCGGCAGGGAUGUAGCUCAGUUGAUAGAGCAUGGCGUUUGCAACGCCAGGGUUGUGGGUUCGAUUCCCACGGGGGGCCAGUAUAAAAAAAAUAUAUAUAUAUAUAUAUGUAUUCACUAACUGUAAGUCGCUCUGGAUAAGAGCGUCUGCUAAAUGACAAAAAAAAAAAUGUUAUUUAAAGCACCUUGUAACACCUUUUUGUUGGAUAAAGGUCUAAAUAAAGAAAUGUUGGUUGAUUUAUUGAUUGGAUUCAUUACGCUACGGUUGUGACCCUCUGCUCUGUUCUGUCCCAGGCAAGACGUUCCUGCGUGCCCCUCAGAUGAACAUCAACAUUGCUACGUGGGGUCGUCUGGUGAGGAGAGCCAUCCCCUCUGUCAACAACUCCUUCAGUCCUGCUCAGCUGCCUGACAUGGGGACAGAGCUAGGUCCUGAGUCCCAGUCCAUCCUGCACCAGUCCCCCAGGUAAACACACAGCUACACGCACACACACACACCUCUCACAUUGGUGACCUAUUGGUCCACACCUGACAGAUUGUUGAAGUGAACAGAAAUGGAAACUCUUCUGAAAGGACCUCUCUCUCUCUCUCUCUCUCUCUCCUCAGUGACCUGACAGUGACCAAACUGGAGUUUGGCAAAGAGCCCACACUUCCCCCGAAGCUUCUUCCUUCUACUGGAGAGCCCAUUCUGGAGAGCAGAACUACAGACAGAGAGAGAGUACAGGUAGCUCCGAACACAAUGUAUCAAUUCACCAACUCUGAAGGAUUCAUGUUGCUGUUGGUUAUUUUAGUAAAGAGAUGACCAUUUAAUGAGAGUUUUUCUGACUCGGUUCAUGCUGCUGUUCUUCAGCCAUGUUAUUUGAUUGCCCUUGUAAGUUGCUCUAGAGAACAUGGUCUGUAAUGUAAUGCUGUGACAGUUCUGUAACUGUUAAAGUUGGUUUUAUGUAACUGUGAUUGGUGUAUUUUGACCUAACCGUGAUUGCGAUUUGUUGUAUUUUGUUUCCCAGAAUGCCCUGUCUACAUUUGACUUCCUGAAUGACAGCAGGAACAGUGUGUUGAACAGUAAACUAGACGACAGUGUGGCGGUAGAGCAGCCAGAUGAGACGUCACCCGUCCAACACACCACAGAUACCAGGGAGGAGGAAGACUUCCAGUUCAGUCUCGUAGACUUUAAGUGUGUGGCAGUCCUGGGCAGAGGACACUUUGGAAAGGUGAGGCCACGCGUGAUCUUCAGUUCUCAGCAAGGCAGUAGUGAUGUCAGACGCUCGUGGCCUCUUCCCCCUUCACAAGAUCUAACCGCUCUCUGUUAUUCAACAGGUGCUCCUGGCUGAGUAUGAAAGUACAGGGGAGAUGUUUGCUAUCAAGGCCCUGAAGAAAGGAGACAUUGUAUCACGUGAUGAAGUAGACAGGUAGAACAUAACACCGACAACCUAAUGACAAUAUACACUUGAGUGUACAAAACAUUAGGAACACCUUCCUAAUAUUGAGUUGCAUCCACCCUUUUGCCCUCAGAACCGCCUCAAUUCGUCGGGGCAUGGGACUCUACAAGGUGUCGAAAGCAUUCCACAUGGAUGCUGGCCCCAUGUUGACUACAAUGCUUACUACAGUUGUGUCAAGUUGGCUGGAUGUCCUUUGGGUGGUGGACCAUUCUUGAUACACACAGGAAACUGUUGAGCGUGAAAAACCCAGAAGCGUUGCACUUCCUGUCACAAACCAGUGCGCCUGGCACCUACUACCAUACCCAGUUCAAAGGCACUUAAAUAUUUUGUCUUGCCCAUUAACCCUCUGAAUGGCACACAUACACAAUCCAUAUCUCAAUUGUCUGAAGGCUUAAAAAUCCUUAUUUAACCUGUCUCCUCCCCUUCAUCUACACUGAUUUGAAGUGGAUUUAACAGUUGACAUCAAUAAAGGAUCAUAGCUUUCACCUGGUCAGUCUGUCAUGGAAAGAGCAGGUGUUCAUAAUGUUUUGUACACUCAAUGUAAAUUUGACCUUAGACAAUAGAGACGCAUCUAUAUUGAUUUAUUUUGUCUCUGAUACAAUGAAAAAAAUCCUUAGAAAUGAAGAAUGAUCUGUGGUAAAAUAACUGACCUCUGACCUAUCCUCAGCCUGAUGUGUGAGAAGCGUAUCUUUGAGACCGUGAACAGCGUCAGACAUCCUUUCCUGGUCAACCUGUUUGCGUGCUUCCAGACCAAGGAACACGUGUGCUUUGUCAUGGAGUAUGCGGCUGGUGGUGACCUCAUGAUGCACAUACACACGGACGUGUUCCAAGAACCCCGGGCUGUGUGAGUAACCACUCCUUUUCCUGAUUCCAUACUACACUGAACAAAAAUAUAAUGGCAACAUGUAAAGUGUUGGUCCCAUGUUUCAUGAGCUGAAAUAAAAGAUCCCUGAAAUGUUCCAUAUGCACAAAAAGCUUAUUUAUCUCAAAUGUUGUGCACAAAUGUGUUUACAUCCCUGUUAGUGAGCAUUUCUCCUUUGCCAAGAUAAUAUAUCCACCUGACAGGUGUGGCAUAUCAAGAAGCUGAUUAAACUAGAACUAAUGUAGACUCAGCUUCCUAUUUCGCAACAAAGCCUCCUUCACUCAUGCUGCCAAACAUGCCCUCGUAAAACUGACUAUCCUACCGAUCCUUGACUUCGGCGAUGUCAUUUACAAAAUAGCCUCCAACACUCUACUCAGCAAAUUGGAUGUAGUCUAUCACAGUGCCAUCCGUUUUGUCACCAAAGCCCCAUAUACUACCCACCAUUGUGUGACCUGUACGCUCUUGUUGGCUGGCCCUCACUACAUAUUCGUCGCCAAACCCACUGGCUCCAGGUCAUCUAUAAAUCACUGCUAGGCAAAUCCCCCUCUUAUCUUAGCUCACUGGUCACCAUAGCAACACCUACCCGUAGUCUGCGCUCCAGCAGGUAUAUCUCACUGGUCAUCCCCAAAGCCAACACCUCCUUUGGCCACCAUUCCUUCCAGUUCUCUGCUGCCAAUGACUGGAACGAACUGCAAAAAUCUCUGAAGCUGGAGACUCUUAUCUCCUUCACUAACUUUAAGCGUCAGUUGUCAGAGCAGCUUACCGAUCACUGCAUCUGUACACAGCUUUUCUGAAAUUAGCCCACCCAACUACCUCAUCCCCAUAUUGUUAUUUAUUUUGCUAAUUUGCACCCCAGUAUCUCUAUUUGCACAUCAUCUUAUGCACAUCUAUCAUUCCAGUGUUAAUACGAAAUUGUAACUAUUUUGCACUAUGGCCUAUUUAUUGCCUUACCUCCAUAACUUACUACAUUCGCACACACUGUAUAUAUUUUUUAUGUUGUAUUUUUGACUGUAUGUUUUGUUUAUUCCAUAUGUAACUCUGUGUUGUUGUUUUUAUCGCACUGCUUUGCUUUAUCUUGGCCAGGUAGCAGUUGUAAAUGAGAACUUGUUCUCAACUGACUUACCUGGUUAAAUAAAGGUGAAAUAAAAAGUAAAUAAAAAAAACAGCAUGAUCAUUACACAGGUGCACCUUGUGCUGGGGACAAUAAAAGGCCACUCUAAAAUGUGCAGUUUUUGCCACACAACACAAUGCCAGAGAUGUCUCAAGUUUUGAGGGAGCGUGCAAUUGGCAUGCUGACUGCAGGAAUGUCCACCAGAGCUGUUGCCAGAGAAUUGAAUGUUAAUUUCUCUACCAUAAGCCGCCUCGUUUUGGAGAAUUUGGCAGUACGUCCAACCGACCUCACAACCACAGACCAUGUGUAACCAUGCCAGCCCAUGACCUCCACAUCCGGCUUCUUCACCUGCGGGAUCGUUUGAGACAGCCACCCGAUAGCUGGUGAAAAUGUGGGUUUGCACAACUGAAGAAUUUCUGCACAAAUGGUCAGAAACCGUCUCAGGGAAGCUCAUCUGCGUGCUCGUCAUCCUCACCAGGGUCUUGACCUGACUGCAGUUCGACGUCGUAACCAACUUCAGUGGGCAAAUGCUCACCUUUGAUGGCCACUGGCACAUUGGAGAAGUGUGCUCUUCACAGAUCAAUUCCGGUUUCAACUGUACCGGUCAGAUGGCCGACAAGUGUGUAUGACAUUGUGUGGGCGAGCGGUAUGCUGAUGACAACGUUGUGAACAGAGUGCCCCAUGGUGACGGUGGGGUUAUGGUAUGGGCAGGCAUAAGCUACGGACAACGAACAAAAUUGCAUUUUAUUGAUGGCAAUUUGAAUGCACAGAGAUACCGUGACGAGAUCCUGAGGCCCAUUGUCGUGCCAUUCAUCCGCCGCCAUCACCUCAUGUUUCAGCAUGAUAAUGUACGGCCCCAUGUUGUAAGGAUCUGUACACAAUUCCUGGAAGCUGAAAAUGUCCCAGGUCUUCCAUGGCCUACAUACUCACCAGACAUGUCACCCAUUGAUCAUGUUUGGGACGCUCUGGAUCGACGUGUUCUAGUUCCCGCCAAUAUCCAGCAACUUCGCACAGCCAUUGAAGAGGAGUGGGACAACAUUCCACAGGCCACAAUCAACAACCUGAUCAACUCUAUGCGUAGGAGAUGUGUCGCGCUGCAUGAGGCAAAUGCUGGUCACACCAGAUACUGACUGGUUUUCUGAUUCACGCCCCUACCUUCAUUUUAAAGGUAUCUGUGACCAACAGAUGCAUAUCUGUAUAUUCCCAGUCAUGUGAAAUCCAUAGAUUAGGGCCUAAUGAAUUUAUUUCAAUUGACUGAUUUCCUAAUAUGAACUGUAAAAUCUUUGAAAUUGUUGCAUGUUGCGUUUUUAUAUUUUUUGUUCAGUGUAAUUUCAUGGUGGAGUAAUGAAUGAUCUCAAUUGAGUCCUAAUGAAAUUGAGGCUUUGUUUAUUCUCAGUUGGGUAGAUGUGUGAUUGUCUGGUAAAAUAUGUCGAUUUUCAUGCUGUGUAUAUCUUAACCGCUUUAUUUCCUGUCUCCAUGAAAGGUUCUAUGCUGCUUGUGUUGUCUUGGGAUUGCAGUAUCUUCAUGACCAUAAGAUUGUAUACAGGUAUGCCCCACACACUGUUCACAUACAGCUGUAUAUAGUACAGUACUGUACAUGGAAUUGCUAACACCACAUAUUAUCAUUUGGUACUACAAUAGUUGAUGAUUGCCCCUCUUGCAUAUCAGAGACCUGAAGCUGGACAACUUGUUGCUGGACACAGAGGGAUACGUGAAGAUCGCUGACUUUGGCCUCUGUAAAGAAGGUGGGUGGAGAACAUUAGACACCAUCAGCUUUUUAGUGUCUAAUGGGGCCGUACAUUAUCAUGCUGAAACAUGAGGUGAUCGUGGUCCUCUGUAGCUCAGCUGGUAGAGCACGGCGCUUGUAACGCCAAGGUAGUGGGUUCGAUCCCCGGGACCACCCAUACACAAAACAAAAAAUGUAUGCACGCAUGACUGUAAGUCGCUUUGGAUAAAAGCGUCUGCUAAAUGGCAUAUUAUUUAUAUUAUUAUUAUUAGUCCGGGAAACCGGCCCUAGGGGUUUAAUGCAAGACAAGUCCAUCUCCCUCAGUCUUGAAUAAUUUGCCCUUUUGGUAUUGCUUUGUUAUGGUUGGCUUCAUUGAUCAUCUCUCCGUCUGCUGUUCCUGUAGGGAUGGGCUAUCAGGACCGCACCAGUACGUUCUGUGGUACUCCUGAGUUCCUGGCCCCUGAGGUGCUGACGGAGACAUCGUACACGCGGGCCGUGGACUGGUGGGGCCUGGGGGUGCUCAUCUUUGAGAUGCUGGUGGGGGAGUCCCCAUUCCCUGGUGACGAUGAAGAGGAGGUGUUUGACAGCAUCGUAAACGAUGAAGUCCGCUACCCACGAUUCCUCUCUACCGAAGCCAUCUCCAUCAUGAGAAGGGUAUGGUUUGCUUACUAAUGUAUCUCCAGAAUGUUAUUUAGAUCAGCAUGUAAAAUCAUUCAACGUACACUGAGGAUACAGUCAUGUUUAUUGGACUAUGUUCACCAAUUUAUGGAGUAUAAGGUAUAGUGCAUUCGGAAAGUAUUCAGACCCCUUGACUUUUCCCACAUUGUUACGUUACAGCCUUAUUCUAAAAUGGAUUAAAUAGUUUUUUCCCACUCAUCAAUCUACACACAACACCCCAUAAUGACAAAGCAAAAACAGGUUUUUAGAAAUUUUAGCAAAUGUAUUAAAAAUAUAAAACUGAAAUAUCACAUUUACAUAAGUAUUCAGACCCUUUACUAAGUACUUUGUUGAAGCACCUUUGGCAGCGAUUACAGCCUUGUCUUCUUGGGUAUGACGCUACAAACUUGGCACACCUGUAUUUGGGGAGUUUCUCCCAUUCUUCUCUGCAGAUCCUCUCAAGCUCUGUCAGGUUGCAUGGGGAGCGUCGCUGCACAGCUAUUUUCAAGUCCGGGCUCUGGCUGGGCCACUCAAGGACAUUCAGAGACUUGUCCCGAAGCCACACCUGCGUUGUCUUGGCUGUCUGCUUAGGGUCAUUGUCCUGUUGGAAGGAGAACCUUCGCCCCAGUCUGAGAACCUGCUCCAGAGCACUCAGGACUUCAUCAAGGAUCUCUCUGUAUUUUGCUCCGUUCAUCUUUCCCUCGAUCCAGACUCGUCUCCCAGUCCCUGCCGCUGAAAAACAUCCCCAUAGCAUGAUGCUGCCACCACCAUGCUUCACCGUAAGGAUGGUGCCAGGUUUCCUCCAGACGCUUGGCAUUCAGGCCAAAGAGUUAUCUUGGUUUCAUCAGACCAGAGAAUCUUGUUUCUCAUGGUCUGAGAGUCCUUUAGGUGCCUUUUGGCAAACUCCAAGCGGGCUGUCAUGUUCCUUUUACUGAAGAGUGGCUUCCGUCUGGCCAUUCUACCAUAAAGGCCUGAUUGGUGGAGUGCUGCAGAGAUGCUUGUCCUUCUGGAAGGUUCUCCCAUCUCCACAGAGGAACUCUGGAGCUCUGUCAGAGUGACCAUCAGGUUCUUGGUCACCUCCCUGACCAAGGCCCUUCUCCACCUGAUUUCUCAGUUUGGCCGGGCGGCCAGCUCUAGGAAGAGUCUUGGUGGUUCCAAACUUCUUCCAUUUAAGAAUGAUGGAGGUCACUGUGUUCUUGGGGACCUUCAAUGCUGCAGACAUUUUUUGGUACCCUUCCCCAGAUCUGUGCCUCGACACAAUGCUGUCUCGGAGCUCUACGGACAAUUCCUUCGACCUCAUGGCUUGGUUUUUGCUUUGACAUGCACUGUCAACUGUGGGACCUUGUAUAGACAGGUGUGUGCCUUUCCAAAUCAUGUCCAAUCAAUUGAAUUUACCACUGGUGGACUCCAAUCAAGUUGUAGAAACAUCUCAAGGAUGAUCAAUGGACACAAGAUGCACCUGAGCUCAAUAUCAAGUCUCAUCGCAAAGGGUCUGAAUACUUAUGUAAAUAAGGUAUUUCCGUUUUUUAUUUUUAAUAAAUUUGCAAACAUUUCUUAACCUGUUUUCUCUUUGUCAUUAUGGGGUAUUGUGUGUAGAUUGAUGAGGAUUAUUAUUUUUGAAAUCCAUUUUAGAAUAAGUCUGUAACAUAACAAAAUGUGGAAAAAGUCAAGGGGUCUGAAUACUUUCCAAAUGCACUGUAAAUGCAUGUUCUUUGUAACUAACUCAACUCUUCCUAUCCCCAGCUGUUGAGGAGAAACCCAGAGAGACGUCUUGGGGCUGGUGAGAAAGAUGCAGAGGAAGUUAAGAAGCAUCCAUUCUUUAGGGUAGGUUCCCAGUAUUGGUUUAUGGUCCCAAUCUGUACGUGUGAAACGUUUAUCAACACUUCCUAUGAAUAAUACUCUUCAUAAUGCAUUUAUAUCUCCCUUGACGGUCUCUCGUCUCCUGUAUUCCCUCAGAGUGUGGACUGGGAUGGUCUACUGGCUAAGAAGGUGCGGCCAGAGUUCAUUCCCACCAUCAAGGGUAGAGAGGACGUCAGUAACUUUGACGACGAGUUCACCUCAGAAGCACCGAUCCUGACUCCGCCACGGGAGCCCAGGGUUCUGACAGCCGAGGACCAGGAAAUGUUUGGUGACUUUGACUACAUCGCAGACUGGUGUUAG